UGCAAUCAUAAAACACUGCACUCACUGUCCAGGUUUACAUUAAGCUGAACUGAAAUCCUGCAAACACCAACAGGCAGAAAUACAGAUUUGUGAAAAUAUUAGAUAUGAGACAUGCAGCAUCAGAAGGAGCUGAGAAGCCUUUCGUAUUCAGACACAGAGAUUCCUCUCAGCCUCUGUGAGUCUGUAUCUCUAAACCGUUGACCUUACAAAUGAGCGCGCUGCAUCAUUGUGAGAAUUGAUGUUUCUGGGCGUGUGCAAAGUGGAGUAGAGCACAUCAGAGUGCAGGAUGUCUGAGCACAGCAGAGCGCAGAGAGGCAGGCACAUCCGCCGCUGGAGGGAUCAAAUCUGUACCAUCUGACGCUCAAGGAUUUAUGGGUUUAGUCAAAAUUGCUUUUCCCACUGUGGAGAUUAAGCACCGUAGGAUGUUUUCCACUCAGGCCGUAGAAUAGCCCAGUGUAGCUGCUGCUGCUGUUGCUGUUUUUCCUCCCUCUUAUCGGCUCCGGCGCUGGAGAAGGGAAUGUCUCAGGAAGGCAGAGUGCUCCAAACCCUGGAGGGGAGUAGAUUCUGACUGACAGGAGAGGUCCGUCCUCUGGGGAAUGUGAACCAUGCAGGUGGACGCUGUUCUUGUGCUCUUCUGUGUUUGGCUCGCGGGUGCAGCGGGAAAGAUGGCCCAGUCGAGGGGUCACAAGCUGGAGACCUACAAACAGAGCAGGUUGCGAAGAGAGACCAGAAUGGAUGGAGGUGUAGGCCACAAAUCCGGAGGCCCGAUUUACAAACGAAGUCCAGACAUGACAAAAUCUCCCAUGACAAAAUCUGAGCAGCUCCUGAGAAUAGACGACCAUGAUUUUACCAUGAGGCCAGCGUUUGGAGGUCCUCCGAUUCCUGUUGGAGUAGAUGUUCAGGUUGAAAGUCUGGACACCAUCUCCGAGGUGGAUAUGGACUUUACCAUGACACUGUAUCUGCGUCACUACUGGAAGGAUGAGCGGCUGUCGUUCCCGAGCAACAACAACCAGAGUAUGACCUUUGACAGUCGCCUGGUGAAGAAGAUUUGGGUUCCUGACAUGUUCUUCGUACACUCCAAGCGUUCUUUUAUCCACGACACCACGACUGAUAACGUCAUGCUGAGGGUUUACCCUGAUGGCAACGUCCUCUACAGUCUCAGAGUCACUGUCACUGCCAUGUGCAACAUGGACCUCAGCCGCUUCCCUCUGGACACCCAAACCUGCUCGCUGGAGAUUGAGAGCUAUGCGUACACAGAUGACGACCUGAUGUUGUACUGGAAGAAAGGCAACGAAUCCCUGAACACAGACGACAGAAUAUCUCUGUCCCAGUUCCUCAUCCAGAAAUUUCACACCACCACCAAGCUGGCUUUCUACAGCAGCACAGGCUGGUACAAUCGUUUGUACAUCCACUUCACCCUGCGGCGUCACAUCUUCUUCUUCCUGCUGCAGACCUACUUCCCUGCUACUCUGAUGGUCAUGCUGUCCUGGGUGUCCUUCUGGAUUGACCGCAGGGCCGUCCCCGCGAGGGUGCCACUAGGCAUCACCACAGUGCUGACCAUGUCCACCAUUAUCACUGGGGUCAACGCCUCCAUGCCGCGGGUCUCCUACAUCAAGGCAGUGGACAUUUACCUCUGGGUCAGUUUUGUCUUUGUCUUCCUGUCGGUGAUAGAGUAUGCGGCGGUCAACUACCUCUCCACCGUACAGGAGAGGAAAGAGAGGAAACUGAGGGAGAGACUGCCGUGUACAUGUGGCAUUGGCAACCCCGAUGAGAUGAUGAUCGACCCCCAGAUCACUGGCUACGGGUCUAUGGAUAUCAACACCACAGGGAAUUAUGGGAUGCCAGAGAACGGCGGCCGCCAGGAGCGAAUGUUGGCCCAGGUGGCACUGAAUGACCCGCAGAUCACAAACCAGGUGAAGCCAUCCAGAGGCUACGUGAACAUUUGGAUAGACACCCACGCCAUAGACAAGUACUCGAGGGUUGUGUUUCCUGGAGCCUACAUCCUCUUUAACAUCAUCUACUGGUCCAUCUACUCGUAACGCGGGAUGCAGAAGUUGAUCCUCUGUGAGAGUCGUCCAUGAUGAGACUCUAGGAGCUUGGCUCAUUUGUGAAAGAGCAAGAAAAUAACAUUGCAUUUUAUGCUUUUCAGACAGAGAAACUGCUCAUGAGAUGCAUGGGGACCAUUGACAGAUUGGUGACCAUUGCCUUCUUGACCCAGCCACUUAAAACUGAGGAGCUUAAAAAUGAGCUGCUGACAAACAGGACAGUCAUCGUCGCUGGUUUUGUCACUCCAUCAGAUCUAUGUGGUUUCAUGUUGUAACUAUAGUGCUGUUGAUGGAAAGACGUUUGGAUAUUGUCGCCUGAUGAUUUACUGCAAAGAGAGAUUCAUAAACAUGGACCUGUGUAAUUGUGCAGUUUAACUCAGCUACAUUUCGGUUCUCGAUGCAGUGACUCUUUGACCACAUUUUCAAAACCGAAAGUGUGAACUGAAAACGGAUUUCUGACAUUGCCUGCGUAUGGACAGAUUCCUUCCCUUGCUUAUGAACUAGACUUGACAAUCAAUGACAAACUAAAAAUCUUUUAAGGAAUAGCUCAGCUUAUUUGCUUUCUGGUGGAAAGUUAGAUGAGAAGAUUGACACCACUCAUAUCUGUCCGUUUAAUAUAAAGCUACAGUCAGCAGCCAGUUAACUUAGCUUAGCACAAACACUGUAAACAGGGGGAAACAGCUAGCCUGGCUCUGUCCUGAGGAUUAAACAAACAAGAUAUAACACGUCAAUUAGUGAUCUUUAGAGGUGCUGGUAAACGGGCCUUGUUAUAUUCGGACGGAGCAGGCUAGCUGUUUCCCUGUUUCCAGUCAUUGUGCUAAGCUAACAUCUCCUGGCUGUAGCCUAAUAUUUACUGUAUAGACAUGAUAGUGGUAUCAAUCUUGUCAUCUAACUCAUGGGGAGAAAGUGAAUGUCAUUUCCCAAUAUGUGGAAAUAUUCCUUUAAAAACCUGAUAAUCAGAUUAUUCUUGUUCUUAAUGUUCAAUUUUUUUCUUUUGCAGCACGUUAAUAUGAUUCAGUAUGUGUUACAGUUUCUUGUGAUUUUUGUAUCAAUGCAAUUAUUUUGCUGUCAAGCUAUGUACUGCAUUGCAGUUGCAUGAUCUGACAAAGUUUAGUAAAAAGGCAAAAUAAUGCUGUAUUAAAAUCACAAAUGUAAAAAUAUAUGUUUAGUAAAUCCCAAACACUGAUUAUGGUACUGACUUUUUUAAAUGUCCUCAUUUGUUCUUUUUUUUUUUUUUAAACAUCUGAAGCUCAUCUCCUCUGUUUGGUGUUGUGAGGCUUUGAGGUUCACUGUGACCUGUUAGUUGCUAGUUUUAUUGUGUUUUUCAGCUUAAAAAAACUGUAUACGUUAGGCAAAAGAUAUAUUAAAAAUAUCUUUUGGUGGUUUAUGACAAUUUAAUGACCAAAUAUACAGAAAAAUAAAUUAAACUCUGGAAAAAUGUUAUAUAUGGAAUUUCCUUUGGUGGUUUAUGACAAUUUAUUGACCAAACAUAUAGAUAUUAAACUCUGGA